UUCGCCUCGCUUCCGUCUCCUCACCCUUCCCCUCUCUCUCUUUCUCUCUCUCUCCUGCUCGUCCCCUCCUGGCGCCUCCCGACUUCUCCGCCGCACCUGUGCCGACCCGCCGCCCGCGGAGUUGCGGUAUACGGCUUGUCGAGUAGGGCGUAGGAGUGGUGUGGCGAGGCGGCAACCGCGCCAUUGCGCGGACUCGCGCACGCCCCGGGUAGCCUCUGGGACGGUUUGUUUUGUGCGCGGAACCAGAAGCAGGAACAGGAAGAGCCCAAGAAGCCCUCGGUCGUACUGCAGUGGAUGCUGAUGUAAUGGAGCAUCCCAUGGAUCAUCGGAAACUGUCAGAACCUGCAAAUAUUCCAUCCCAGAAGACGCAUCAGGUGAGAAACAUAUGGGCGUGGGAAGAUCCUUCUGCAGCAAAACUUAAUGGAUCUAGCAAUACUGUCUUAUUCUCCAAUUCAUUGCCGUCAGUUCGUCCAGUAGUGCCAGGUAAAGAAAGGGAACAGUUUGCUCAAUCAAUGGAUGAUAUGUUUCCAAUAACAAGGCUGCUUGGCACUGAUGCGAGAGAGACAGAUCUCAUGGAUGAUGUUGCCCAGCAUUUGAUUGGAGACCUAUUACCAGAUGAUGAAGAAGAGCUUCUAGCUGGAGUAAUAAAUGAUUUUGACCAUGUUAAACUGCGCACCCAAUUUGAGGAGUUGGAAGAAUAUGAUGUUUUCCGUAAUAGUGGAGGUAUGGAGCUGGAUGCUGAUCCUAUGGAAACCAUCAACUUUGGUACAGCAAAGGCCAGUCUAAUCAGUGGCACGGGAAGUAGCAGCAAUCAGUACGGCCUCCAGAAUGGUGUUGGAACAGUGACGGGCGAGCAUCCAUUUGGUGAACAUCCCUCCAGGACUUUGUUUGUGAGGAACAUUAAUAGUAAUGUUGAAGACCCAGAGUUACGUUUAUUGUUUGAGCCAUUUGGGGAUAUUCGGUCUAUGUACACUGCAACGAAACACAGAGGCUUCGUUAUGAUAUCUUACUAUGAUAUUCGUCAUGCAAGAAAUGCUAUGCGGACAUUGCAAAAUAAACCUUUGAGGAGGAGGAAGCUUGACAUUCACUUUUCAAUUCCCAAGGAGAAUCCGUCAGAUAAAGAUAUGAACCAAGGAACGCUUGUGAUCUUUAAUUUGGAACCAGCUGUUUCAAAUGAGGAACUCCUCCGGAUUUUUGGUGAAUUUGGUGAAGUGAGGGAGAUUAGGGAGACGCCACAAAAGCUCCACCAUAGAUUUAUUGAGUUCUAUGAUGUUAGGGCUGCAGAAGCUGCCCUUCGGUCAUUAAACAAAAGUGAUAUUGCAGGAAAACGGGUAAAGUUGGAACCUAGUCGUCCUGGUGGAGCUCGUCGAAGUUCCAUACAGCAAUUCAACCAUGACUUUGAGCCAGACGAGGCAAGGCAUAUUAAAUACCAUCUUGGCUCACCUUCUGCGAACUCUCCACCAAGUUUGUGGUCCCAUGUUGGUAGCCCAACAGAGCACAAUCAUUUGAAUACACUCAAUGAAACCGCGUUUAGUGGAGGGAUGAGUCCUUUGGGCAGUAACCAUCUUUCUGGAUUAUCUUCAGGAUAUCCUCCCAUGAAGUCAGCCAUUGGAAAGAGCUCCUAUAGGAAUAACCAUGCUGAUAGCAUUUUUCACGGGUCCCCCACUUUUCAUAACUCACAUUCGUUUCCAGAACAUUAUGGUGGAAUUGUGAGUGCAAGCCCACUUGUGUCUUCCGCAGCUUCGUCAGCUUCUACUGCCUCUGGUUUUACAGCGCUGAAUGGAGCACCGUUUCCUUGGGGUAAUAAUAAUACAUUGAGGGAGAAUUUUCAGUUUUCAGCCCUCCACUCUCCACCUCUUAAGAGUUUGCCUUUUUCCAGUACCCACACACAACACCAGGGUAAUAUGUAUCCUAACCUCCGUGGUUCUUUUCGACCCUCGGAGCACUUCCCCCAGCAUCAUGUUGGGUCUGCUCCAUCUGUUUUGCCAAACUUUGGCUAUUAUCCUGAGUCCCCAGACACAUCUUACAUAAGGCAUGGUACAUUUGGUAGCAUGGCACCCAGCUGUGUUGGUAGAGGCCUUAUGAAGAACUUUGGCACACAUUCACACAUCAACGUUCCGUCCAUGCAAAAUGGCUUAGUUGGUUUUGAGGGUCUACUUGAGCGUGGCCGAAAUCAGGCAGUUGGAAACUUAGGUGGUCAAGAAGAUAGCAGGAUGCAGUAUCAGCUAGAUUUGGAGAAGAUCAUUAGCGGAAAAGACACUCGAACAACACUGAUGAUAAAAAACAUACCGAACAAGUAUACAUCAAAUAUGCUUCUAGCAGUAAUAGAUGAAACUCAUGAAGGGACCUAUGACUUCUUCUACUUGCCUAUUGAUUUCAAGAAUAAAUGCAAUGUUGGUUAUGCCUUCAUCAACAUGGCAUCUCCUGCUUAUAUUGUAUCUUUCUAUCAGGCUUUUGCUGGUCGCAAAUGGGAAAAAUUUAACAGUGAGAAAGUAGUCUCGUUGGCCUAUGCUCGGAUACAAGGGAAAGUUGCACUUAUAAAUCAUUUCCAGAAUUCAAGCUUGUUGAAUGAAGACAAACGUUGCCAUCCUAUGCUAUUUGAUCCCAAACAUACUGAAAGUGGUAAUCAGAUCCUGUUAAAUGACAUGCUGGAAGAACGCAAACUUCAUGAGAAUCCAAUGAAGGACAGUUUCAAGAGAAGUGAAAUAAUUGGCAUACCUGGAAGUUUCUAUGCGGCUAAUUGAUCUGCAGUAGAUGUUAGACUCUUUCUAUAGACUGUCAAGUGUACAAUACAGAGGACAAGAAGGUCGAUACCGCAUUUUGUGAAUUGCGUCGAAUCUGAUGCAAUGUUGCAGAAGGAAACUCCCCCGAUCUUUGGGGGAGCAAAGUCUUUUUGUUUGUUUUGUGCAUAAUCCUAAUUGCAGUGAAGAGUUAGGUUUAUGCAAAGGAAAUGUUAGGUUGAGGUGAAACAAAAGCAUACCGUAGUUCUGAAUAGAAAGGCGGAAAAUGGCCUUGUUUCCCCCCUAAUUCUGUGUAAUGUUGUGUUAAGUGUACGAAAAAGAGCUCCAUAUCGUGCCUGACAUACUACAGUGUCUGUCUCAGCAGUCAAUGCCUAAGAUUGCAUGAUUUUGCAGCCUAAUUUAUAUAUACCGUUGAUCUGAUA